CUUUCACAGCGUUGGCGUUGGCUGGCGCUAAACAAAUUGAUUUUUCACCUUUAUUAAAGGCAACAACUAACGUUUACAACUGCAAUCCAAGUCGAAACGAAACAAAGAACAGCAAAGAUGACAACUUCGCAGGUUGAUCAGAAGCGCGCACUGAACAAGCUCAAGCAUGAUUUGGAGCCUUUUCGAACGCCUAUAGUGAGUGCUUAUGGCGUUCUCACCUGGGAGAAAAAUUACUACCCAGGGGUGGUAUUUGGCAGCAUAAGCGUUAUUUUUCUCGUACUCUGGUACAUGGAUCUAUCGGUCAUAACGAUGCUGUCCCUCCUGGCACUGCUGACUAUCGUUUUGGACUAUGUCUUCCCUACAAUUUCCCGCUUGCUCUUUAGUGGUGUCAAUUGGGACGGAGACCACGAGGCUAAAUUCGAGGAUGUGUGCGGACAGAUGUACAGCAUCAAAGCAAACCUGGUCGUAUGGUAUGAGUAUCUAUUCAAGGAGCGCAAGUCGACAGUGUUCGUGAUCAUGAUAGGCGUGUUCCUCCUGGCCCUGGCUUGGAUUGGAGCCAUCGUCAACAAUCUUCUGUUGAUGUACUUGGGCACUCUUCUCAUUGCCAUGUGGCCUGGUCUGCAGGAAAAGCAUGUCUUCAAGGGCAUAACAAAGAAGGCCUCCAAGAUUAUCAACGAGAAAAUUCAAUGCGGCAAACGGAAGCUGCAGUAGAAACCUAAGCAGCUGCUCCUCCUCGUCACUUAUGCACCACACACAGCCAUCACAUAUGACCAAAUAUUAAACAAACCUAAGUCAUCUUCAACUUGCCAUCACAUGAAGCACAUCGCAUACGCAUUUACAAAACAAAAACAUGUGGAACUGUGGAGCAUCGCACGAACUAAUUAUAUCAUAAACUAUAAGUAAUCCAUCUCCAAAACUCUCGAAGAGCCCAUCGUGGCGGUAGCUCCAUCAUAUUUACCACUUUAAGUUCUUAGUAACAAAAGAUUGUCAGAUUGGUUAAGAGGCGACUGGUGUGAGAAAUAGAAAGCGCAACAAAAGA